AUGGCUAUGACUCGCUCCACUUGCCUCAUUUCAAACCCUCUUUGGGGGGAACUCUGCCCGUUUUUCUUCUUGGGUGGGUCGCCGCACAGAAGUCUCUCGCUCGCUCAGAGUGAGGCGAGAGGGAAGCAAAAGCAACAAGAAAACAAGCAACUAGGGCCAGGUUUGUGGCUCAUGCUGAAUGGUGCGUGGCUGCUGGCGGACCUUGACGGAACGCUUCUGAGCACCCCGCACAAGGCUAAAGGACAAUAUCAAUCGCUGGAGGAAAGCCCAUGUUUCGCCGUCAUUAAGCGAUGGCUUCUCAAUGGAGGCAGUCUCUGCAUCGUGACGACCGCCGACACGCGCGUCUUUGACCAGGUGUAUGCGCCGCUUCGCUCUAUUCUAAGGGAUGCCGAUGGUCGGAAUGGAAGUGGAGAGCUGUUACUAAGUCUUUACACAGGCGCCCUGCUAUACCGUUGCACGGUAAAUGAUGUGGAGGUCGUCCGCGAGUACACCGAGGCGAUGCACUGCGCCACGCGUGAGGCGGUGGAGUUGGCUGAAUUGUACGGUUUGCCACUGAAACAGGUAUACGUGCCGAAGGUUGGCCUUGACGGCACAACCCGACCGCUGUUGACGAAGUGUGUGAAGGGAACGUGCUUCUCCGUGGACACCUCUCGCGCUCUGCUGGCGCAACUGGAGGAAAUCUUUAUUUCUCUUCUGGAGAAGACGCUGGGAGGUGACCGUGUUUUUCUUGCGGCGCUUGAGCACCUCUCGGCACGCUAUAAGGAGAUGUGGCGUCUGCUGCUAGGGUACCUUGAGGCGCAGUGCCGACGCCAUGGGCCGCCUUCAGCUAGCGCAGCCGAGGCUGUCGCAUGGAAGUGCGAUUUUCUGCGGCAGCGGCGAUGCUUGUUCACGGAACUAGGCAUCAUUCGUGUUGAGCUUGCGGAGUCGCCGGUACUACCGCUGGCAACAACGGAACGUAACGCGAGUGAGGAGAGCACACAGCUAACGUCGAAGUGUGUGUCGCGAUCACUCGACGACGACUCUGAGCUCUCGCGAAGGUUUGCGCGGGAGAUGAUUCUCCUGCUUUGUCCCGGGAGUCGGUGUUCCCACGACGACCACGACCAAGUUUCUGGUUGCGGCCCGCAAAGGAAUGGCGAUGUGGCGCAAGUGAUUUUUCUGGGCCUCCCUAUUCGACUUUUCACGUGCCUCUUUCAACGCCACUUUGAGGCCUUUGCCCGCCUCGGCGUGACGGCGAUGCCGCAGCCAAAUAGCGUUGUCUUCUCAAAGAUGGGCAUUUCAAAGUCGACGACUAUUCGCUACCUUGUCGGGCCAGCACUUCUCAGCGGCCACGCUGGUGUUCCGCGACAGCAACAGCGCGGCAAGGCAUCGUCGCUGCGUGGUGUGGUGAAUCUCACGAGGGCCGUUGCGAUCGGUGACAAUCCCCACACCACAGAUUACGAGUUAACUGUUUUCCCGCGGUUGCCAUUUGUUUCUGUGGAGAUCGCCGCAAAACGGCGUCGGCGUCACACGCGUAUUUCUGCAUCGGCGGUGGUGCAAACAACCCCACGGCAGGGCUUAUUGAUGGAUGAUCGCCUGCUAAAAAAUUUGCUUUACGUGGGCGGAGAGGAGGACGGCAGUGCCAUGUUUCUUACGGGGCUGAUGGACAGGCUGCGGGUUCCAUCGCUUGGGGGAACCAGGCGUGAGGCGCUGGGGCCGUCAGCAGAGCCGGCAACCUUUGCGUCGGCCGUAGCUGGGGCCGCCGCGGAGGCAUUUGCCAGAAUGAGUGGCUGCUCCUCCCAUCUGUAG